CUAUUGUCGUGUGCCCUGUGUCGUGUAUUUUGGUUAACGAAGUGUAUUUUGUUAUUUUGCUGUGUUGUGUGCCAUGUUCCAUGAGGAAAUUAACAGGGUUGGUAAGAAAUUUGAAAAUUAAACUUGAGAAUGACUUCCACAUCUUUCAACGUUGGCAUCGGUGACGGGUCGCGGCUGUCCAGCCGGGUGCUUCGCCCUCCAGGCGGUGGCCACACCGACAUCUUCGGCGGAGAGCCCGAACCCCCCAGGGCAGGCGGGAGGCGUCCUGCGCCCUCGGUCCUCGCCAACAUGGCACAAGGUCAAGGGGACGAGCCGGCGAAGCCUACUAACGGCGCAGACGCCCCGACCCAAAACGGGCAGGCCAGUGAACCCCAGCCUGCUCCGGCCACCCCUCAAGUAACCCCUACCGCUCCCACUGCCCCAUCAGCUCCAUCUGCUCCUACAGAGGUGAAAUCUGAAAGCCCCAAAGCCGUAACCCCUACGGAAACCUCCAAACCUGAUGCCCCCAAACGCGUGCGCGUGCCCCCAGGCGGAUUCUCCUCGGGUCUCUGGUAAGGCGCUGGUACAUUAAUUCUUUGGGACCAGAUUUUCCGUUGGCGUCUUGUAAGGUUUUUUUGAUGCUCGGUGCAUUAAUAUGUUUACAUUUAUAGUUAUUAUUAUUAUUGACAUAUUGUUGUACUUAUAUUCAUUGCACUAUGUUACUAAUUGUUCUCUACAUAUAAUCUGGGAAGCUCUCUUAAGUUUGUCAUAUUGUUGUACAUGUUGGAAAACGAUUCGGUAAAUCCAGGCGUGCAUUUAUUGUAUGGAGGGUUGAAAUUAAUUGUUGCAGGGUACGAAGUGACAAAGACAUUACAUUGACGUCUCACAUUGCAUUCUAACGCACUCUUAAGUGUUUCAAGAAUAAACGGAAGAUUUUUAAAAUACAUACAACCAGCUGUUAUCUGGCCCUUACGGUUUUUUACAAAUCCCAUAAGAGUUUGUAUUUCUGGAUAAAAAUAUCCAGAAAUACAAACAGCCAGCCAUAGUAGCCUAUGUUACUCUACUCUCAGUCAUAUCCACUAACUCGGUGCCGAAAAUCAAGUAGAUUGGUUGCUUAAAGUAGAAGGACAAACUAACACAUUUUCGCAUUUGUAAUA